UUCCCCAAGCAUAACGACCGUCGAAUAUGAGUAUCGUUACAGUUGAUUGUGUGGCUUAACAAUCGUGUUGUCCUUCAUGCCUUACUUUAUGUAUUUAGAGUAACAAAUAGAAUCGUUGAUGCUGGCAUCCUGUGAAUUACUACAGUAGCUGUUUUGGCGUGGUGAAAACACUCCAAAGGAAAUCGCCCGAACAUUAAGGACUCUCGCAAAUCCGAUCACGGCUGGAACAGAUUGGAGCCACUUUGGGAAGCUUCCAUGUGAUGCGCUUGGGGGUUUUCAUCUCAACUGGAAGUCAGAAAAACCUAAACGCCAAAUUACCUGUCGCAGUCUUUUUACUAUGUGUGAUUCUGAAUCGGACUCUGACCUGGAUGAAAUUCCCCACGAUCAUAAAGAGCCCUGGGAAAUUUGUAACUUUCCAAAUGUGAAAUCAAUAGAUUAUAUUUGUGAGAAAUGGAGUCAAAUACCACUUUGUGUGAAGAGGAAGAACAGUCAAGGGAUGAGGGUCCAUAUCUUUUGGCCUAUAUUGUUUAAACCAACUGAAGGCUCCUGUGCAGCUAAAUGGGCAACUGAGGCAGGUUUCAUCGAUGCCAGUUUAAGAGAUGAAAUGUCUAUGAAAAGACUGCAGAUGAUUGAAAUUCUGGAAACCUUCUUAAAUGCCUUUGGAAAAGGAAUUCUGGAUGAUGUCUUAGCAAGACAAUUAUUUGAAAUUAGUUUGAAUAUCCAGAUUAUGCCAGAUUGUAUAAAAGGAGCAAUUGACUGGUUAGAAAAGGUGGGAGAACCUGGUCUGUCAGCAGGGCUUUCAAAAUUUUCAAGACUGACCCGUUUAUCUGUUUUAUCAUUUCUUUGUUCCAAAUUUGUAAAUUUAAUGGCUGUUUUGGCAAUAAGAAAACAUGAAGAAAUAGAGUGGUUUGAAACCACGCAGUGUCCAUGUUGCUUGGAGAAAAGUGAAAACAUGAAAAGGAGAGGAAAUGACCAAUUUGCAAAAAAGAAUUAUGAUGCUGCAAUAAAGUGGUAUUCAAAAGCAAUUCAACAUCAGCCAGAAAAUCACAUUCUUUAUGGAAACAGAGCUCUUUGUUACAUCCACAGUGAAAAAUACCAAAAAGCUAUAGGUGAUGGCAAAAGAACAACAAUACUAAAACCUAAUUGGCCAAAGGGACAUUACAGGAUGUGUGAUGCAUUGUUUUUAUUGGGUGAAUAUCAGAAAGCUUUACAGGCAAAUGAAAAAGCUCAGGACCUAUGCAGAGACAGUUCAGAAGGAAUCCAGGAGCUAAUUCAGCAAAGUGCACGAUUUAGAUGUGAAAUGCAAAAAAUCAAAGGUAGCGCUGCCCGAAGAAAAAAUAAAUUCAAAGGAUGCCAUAGUCAAAAACCUGAAACCCUUUUUAAAAGCUGCACAGAUAAUAAUGGGGGUAAUACAGAAGAAGCCAUUAGCAGGCAGGAAGACUGUAAUUUUGAAAUCAAUCCAUCAUGCCAAGGCGGAGCCAGGGUUAUGUCAGGCAUGAAGAAAGAAGAAUUAGAGCCAAAUAUAAGAGUCAUUCCUGCUAUGCACAAUUCCUCAAGCCCACAGAAAAGACAGGAAAAAAUGAAAGUAAAGGGGGCCUCCCACCAUCCUGUGGAAAAGGCAAGCAGUCAAUUAACACCUGGAAACCUCCAUGAGAAACUUCAGUCUUUUAUUCAUGAUGGUCACAUAGCCCUUGCUGAUCACCGCUUUCGUAAUGCUGAACAAGCGUUUUCUCAGGCACUUGAUAUACUGGAUUCAACCACAUUAAAGGAUGUGAAUUUUUCUCCAGUUGAUCAUAUUGUACUGAUAUAUGGAUAUGCAACAGCUUUGAGAGAAGUUGGGCAACCUGAGGAACUGGCUGAGGCUGAAAUUCAGUUUAACAAAAUAAAGACUAAGUUUCCCAAAGAACGCCGUCUACAGUGCAUUGCCUACUAUGGCAUUGGUAUGGUGUACUUCACACAGAACAGAUUUUCUGAUGCAUUGGAUCAAUUUCAGAAGUCUCUGAUAAUGAUAAAUUUGCAGAUUGUUCCAGGAAAACUGACGUGGCCCACAACAACAGUUGUUGUUGAUGAAACUCAGAAUGAUUAUUUAAAGAGUGCUUUGGAAAAAAGCAUGGAGAUGUGCAAGUUUCCUCCAAAGCCUGAUGCCGUGUGCCGUUUUCAACAAUGCCUUGGAAAUUCUAAAAUCCAAAUUUAUUUUAAAGAUCCUGAUUUUAAGGGUUUCAUCCGUAUCAUAUGUAGCCAGAAAUGCUGUAUUGAGUAUCAUAUAAGCUGUUGGAAAAAAAUGAAAUCUGUGAUGUGUGCUGAUAAAAAUGACAAGGAUUUUCUUUACAGUACGUGCUUCACUGCUGAUUGUAUGGGUAAAAUUUCUAGGCUUGUAAUUUUUGGAUCAACAGGCCUUAUUAAAUGUGAGUUUGAAUCAAACAUACAGAGAUCAAAAGAGAUACUAAAACCAGCAGUAAAACAAAAAGCUUCAAGCAUAAAGAAGCUAAAAUCUAAAGAGGAUCGCAAGCUGAGAAGAAAACUCAUGAGGAGGAAGAAAGCAAUGGAGCCAGUAAAACCAGAAUAUAGUCAUGUGGAGGAUGAGGACAAAAUUGAAAAAGAAGUUAAAGAUAAAGUUAAUCAACAAUCAUGGAUGAUCUACAGGGAUCGUGUUCUACAUCAAAUUACUGAGAAAAAAGAUCUUCUAAAAGAAGGUGUUGAAGACGUUUCUGUUUUGUAUAAAUAUUUAAAGCCUUGGACUGAAAAAGACAAUGAAGGAGUUUGUCUUUUGACAAGUUCAGAUCCACACGAAUCAAUGGGACAUCUUGUAGAUUUUCUUGGACAUACAAAGAACAGAGUAGCAACUCGAGUAUUCAUUAAAGCUCUUAAACACUGCCAGGUUAUUAGUCCUGAACUAUUAGACUGGAUAAACCGCCUCAAUAAUUCAGGUUUAAAGUCUGCUGAGACAUUUAUUAAUCGUUAUUCUGCAAGUUUUGAAGAAUUGGACCUCAACCCUGUUUUUGAGUUCACUCCGCUUAUGGAUACUUUGGUUGAAAAUUUUGGCAGUAAACCUGAAUUUCUGAAUAAUACCAUUACAAUAGUAGAUUAUUUUAAACAGUCUCCUUUAGAGGAAAAGCGUCUUUUUAUUUGGUCUUUGGAAGAGAACCGUGAAAAAUUCCCCUCUCUAUAUAAUGCACUUGAUGAAUAUUUUGAAAUAAUGGAUGCAUCUUGCAUUGUUUUAAAAAAACAUGGCAUUGAAAAUCCAUCUCAAGCAAGUUUAAAGGUUAAAAGUAGAAGUAGGAAAAAGAAGAUAAAAGAUUCAAAACCAGUUUAUGUUCUUUCUGGAAUUGUUGGAAGCAGUCUUCGAGAAGAUGAUGAAGAAGAUGAUAUAUUCACAGAUGAAGAUACAUUAAUGCUUCUGGGAUCUUAUGAUCCUUUUGUAGUCCCAGAGUAUCUUCGUCAUCAAGUAGCUGAAUUUGAAGGUCAAACUAGCAGUAAUCUUGGUUCCAGCAGUUAUAGACAAAUACUAGACAAUAACCCUGAUCCAACACGUGAAAGCUUGUAUGAUUAUUUUGCACAAAUUUUGGAAGAGCAUGGUCCAUUGGAGACUGAUAACUACUUGCUUGUGGGUCAGCUUGAAAACUUUCCAAUUCAGGCGCAAGAAAUGGUACAGCAUGCUGGAGGACUGAAAGCUUUUCUUUUGGAAUCUUUAAGAUUUGUUUUAAUGAACAAUCUGAUUGGACUAAUGAAACAUGCUGUUUCACUCCAAGAUAAAACUAUGGACAUUGUAGAAGUAGCAGCAUACUAUGAUAACAUUUCUUUUGGUAGUUAUAACUGUGAAAAUGACAAUUUUUGCCAAAACAGACCUUUACUAAACCCAUCAGCGGAUGAGUUUAAGCCUAGUUUUAUUGAAGCAGAUUAUUCCCAUCAUUUCUCUGCUGCUCAUACUACACCUUUUUCAGGUGAAGAGUACCUUUUAACCGAUUCAUUUUCUUCAGACAUGUUUGUUCAAGAAACAUUCCCAUAUACUGGAUUAACAUUUGAUUCCACUCUAGACCUUCCCUCUCCCAGAGAACUGGAAUCAGGUUUUUUUUUGGAGGACUCUAGUAACUUUUGUAAUUCUACAUUAUGCACUAAUUUUAGUGCCAUUGUUAAUAUUUCUGAUGAUAGUAGCAGUGAUUUUUCUAAUUCAAAACAUAACCAGAUAAGAUUUGAAGCUUCAAAAAUACAAACAGAAAUAGUAAGGAAGAAACAAAGAAUGUCAAAUAUACUUAUUAGGAGAAAAAACAAAUCUAUAAAGAAUCUGAAGAAGAAGAAAAAGAAGAAGGAGGACUCCAUAAAAACUUUACUACGUACAAUUGGUACUCAAGUUCAUUAUGACUUAAGAGAACACGUUGCUAUUAAUACUGAUCCUUUUCAACCAUUUGAAAGUCGGCAAGGAGAUAUUAUUCGUCAUGAAAAGGAAUAUGGAGUGUUACAAGAACAACUUAAAGAGGCAGAAGAAAAAUAUGAACAGUUUCAGCAAAACACUCAUGAAGUUACAUCACUUGAGCAAGAGAUAAGUGAAAUUGAUCAGAAAACAGAAAUUACAAGAAAAGAGUUAGAGCUUCUUAGACAAAAGUUAGAAAGUGAUGUAAAGAAAACAAACCAAGAAAAGAAAGAAAGACAAGAAGCUCUGAAAGUCUUAAGAAAUAAAAUAAAAUCUCAAAAUGAUGCCAAUGAACUGUGUUCAAAAAAUAUUGAAGAAAGCAAGAAUGAAUAUCAGACACUCCUUGCACAGUUUAUUGACUUAAGCAAUCAGUCAGCAUCUGAGAGGAUGAAGCUUGAAGAACAAAUUAAAAAGCAUGAAAAUAUCUGUGCCGAAGUGAUUAAAAGAGCUGUUUCUGCUGAGGUCAAUUUACUGGAGUAUCAGCGUACAGGAAGACUUUAUACUCUUUAUAAAGCAGCAUCAGAAGGACAAGAAAAUCUCAGAAAACUUAAACUUGUUGCAGCAGAGGUCGCCUCUCCAUCUGUAUUCCAUUAUGCCAUAGAAACAUGGCAAACAUAUGUGUCAUCGAUUGAAAGUAAAAUACGGUUUGUAGAAUCUCAAUAUAGUGAUCAUAUCUUGAAAAUAAGAAAUGGUGAAAAAUUAAGAAAUCUCAGAAUAAUAUCUGUUCCUAGUCCAUCUUCUGCACCUGAUUUUCCAAAAAUUCCUAGACACUUUAAUGACUCAGCUGCUUUGCAUGUAUCUCAUGCAACAUCUCUACCUGGACCACAUGGAAUUAAUUGUCAUCCUCAUCAUCCUUCUGUUCAAAUACCCCAUAAUAAACAAAUGCAGUCAACUGAAGUUAAACAUUUUGCAAAGUCCACUUUAAUCCAUUCAGACUUUACUACAGGGAAAUCAUUGAAGGAACAAGAAGUUACAGAACAGACUUCCCAUGGAGGAGGUGCCAUUUCAGCUCCAGUGCACCCAAAUUCAACAGUUAGGGCUGCUCUGAUUUCUGAUCCAUCUAAUUUUCAGUCUGGACAAACUACAAAAUCAUCUUCUCAACAGCAGCUAAACAAGUUUGAAGAAAUCAUUAAACGCCUGCAGACUUUAUUUCCUCAUUACUCGAGAUCCUGUCUGACCAGCUUCAUUAAAGAGGUACGUUCUGCAAAUGGAGGCAGUAUUAAUACUUUGUCUGGUGAAGAAAUAAUCAACAGAGUGGCACAACACAUCUUGGAUCAUCAGGAAAAAACUAGAGACAGGUUCAGUGCUGGGUCAAGCAAAGUUGCACAAAUGCCUCUUUCACACCCUUGGAAAACAGUAACAUCAAAGAGCAAGCCAGAAUGGCAGAAAACAAAAGCAUCUCUUGAUGAGGACCCCUGUAUAAUAUGUCAUGAGGAAAUGUGCACUGAGACAGUUUGUGUGCUUGAAUGCAAGCACAGCUUUCACAGAGAGUGCAUCAAGGCUUGGCUGAAAGAACAAAGCACGUGCCCUACAUGCAGAGUUCAUGCUCUGCUGCCUGAGGAUUUCCCUGUGCUCCCUGCGAAAAUUCGACUAGCCAGUGUUCCUGCAUCUCCUUCCUGAAUCUGGAUAACUUUUUUCCAACUGUAAUUUUUAAUUAUAAACUUUUAUCUUUUUCUCAAUACAAAAUAAGUUAUAUUUUUUUUUUAAAACAAGAAAUUCAUAUGUUCAUAAAAGGUGUUACAAAGGAGUGCAUUGCACAAGGUUUCGUGUAGAAUUUUGCAGGUUUUAUAUUUGGAUUUUUAAAAAAUUGAACAAUGGUACAUGCAAGGGUUGAUAGUCGUAAACCAUACAGGCUUUGAAUAAUGAAGCAGUUCAGCUCCAUGCCAAAGCCUUCUCAGUUCAGUUAGCAGGUAUCGCUGCUGAUUGUCCUUGGGAACUUAAAGGGAGUGCUGCUCAGUCUGCACACACUUGGAGUUUGUAUAUUCAAAUGGCAUGAUUAGGAACCACUUAUAUACUAUUAAUUUGCAUUGUCUUCCAAUUAAAAAAAAUUUAAAACAUU